AUGAAAAGAUUUGAAAAAAACGACAUGAAAUUAUCCCAAAAUUUUGAAGAAACUUACUCUACACUACAAUUUAGUUAUCAAUUUAACAAUGAACAAGAAAAAAACUAUUUAAAUACAACGAAUCUUGAUAAAAAUAUAAAAAAAAAGAACCAUCCUCUUACACAUUUUCUUGCACUGCCAUUAAGCUCAAAAUCUCUUGAAAAAUCACUAGAAAGCAUAAAAGACUCUAUUUCUAAAAAAAUACCUUUAUCAAUGUUCAGAGGCCAUCUUCUUUCACAUUUAACAAUUUGUACUCUUCGUCUUCCUUCAUAUGGAAAAAUAAAAGAUGCAGCUUCUCUUUUACAUACACUGAAAAAUGAAAUAUCAAGCAUUUCAAACAAUAAAAAAAUUCACAUAAGACUUAGAGGAUUAGGCACUUUUCCUCAAGAACCUACAAAUUGUAGAGUAGUAUAUUUAAAGCCCAGUAUUGAAGAAUCAUCACCAACUCUUUUUCCACUCUGUGAAUUUCUUAUCAAAAAAUUCACAGAUGCAAAACUUACUGAUUCUGAUCCUUUAGUGCUUCAUUCAACCAUUUUAAAUACACGUUAUGAAAAAAGCUAUAAAAAAGAAAACAGAUUAAUUGAUGCAUCAUUUUUAAUGGAAAAGUUUCCUCCUAACUUUCUUUUUGGGGAUGUUACAGUAGAUAAAAUAUGCAUUUUCAAAAUGGGUGCACGUGAAACACAAAAGGGACUAAUGUAUGAAAGUAUCUGCGAAAUAAGCAUAUUAUAA